AGUCGUUAUCAAGUCGGCACUUUGAGCGUUUCAUAUGCGUCUCCGGGAAACUGGAAAAUCUUUUGAGCACCGGUUCAACUUGCAGGAUUCAAACAAAAUACAACAAAUAAAAUCGAGCCAGUCAGCGAAGUCAACGGUAUUUGUGGCAUUAUCAGUGAGAAAAGAACCCGAUGUGCAUUAUCAGAGUUGAGUGACGAUAACCUAUAUGGACCUUUGUGUCUUCGGCUCGACAUUAACAGCAAAAGACAAUCGAGAACAGGUGUUUAUAGCAAGAGUGAUUAAUCUGUUCUGUGCCGUAUCAUUGGAGAGGCCAUCCAAAUCAAAUUACCGAGGCGCAACCAUCGUGCUAUGAGUGACAUGAUUGCAAAAAAUCGGAUUGCCUUGACCAGUCUGGUGGGUGUUGUGCUCGCUCUGUUGGGACUCGUCUAUGUGCUCAACCUUGAGCGCAUACAACGUCGCGCCUUGGAGUGGUUUAUGGUGCUCAAACCCAAUUCGAUGCUUAGCAAUCUGUGGCAAUCACCCAAUUUGAGCAUUGCGGUAAAUAUUUACAUCUUUAACUGGACAAAUUCGGAACACUUUAACGAUCCGAAUGUGAAGCCACGCUUCGAGGAGCUCGGACCCUAUUCAUUUACGGAGAGUCAACAAAAAAUGAACGUCGUCUGGCAUCUAGAGAAUUCCACCGUAUCCUAUUUGCGUCGUAGUCGCUUCUACUUCAAUGCCACGGCCAGUAGCGGAAAACUGAACGACACCAUUGUGUGCCCCAAUACUCUGAGCGUUGGUCUACUCAAUAAAAUGCAGAACUGGAGUCCAUUUCUGCGCACCCUCAUGCUCAUGGCCAUGAACAUGUAUGGAACGGAGGCGACAUUCAAGAGGUCUGCCGAUGACUGGCUAUUCAAUGGCUUCGAUACGCCGCUGAUAAAGAUGAGUAAAAUGGUUCCCACCAAAAUGAUACCCCAAUUGCAUUUCCCUUACGAGCGCAUUGGCUACGGCUAUCCGCGCAAUAGCAGCACAGAGAUCUAUGGUCAUUUUAAUGUCUACACCGGACUCCAGGACUUUAGUAAAUUGGGUCAAAUUGCGCGCUGGCGUUACGACAAUGUCACCAAUGGUCAUCCCAAGUGCAAGCUGCGUGGUAGCAUGGGGGAGUUUCAUCCCAGUCCACUGCGGCAGGGUGAGCCGAUCUCAUUCUUUCUGCCCGACCUUUGCCGUGAGCUGAAAAUCGAUUACGCGGGCACAAUGGACUUUGAAGGUCUCGAAGCUUACGUCUACAAGGGCUCGGCGAGGAAUAUGGCAAAUGGAACUGACAAUCCAGAGAACAGCUGCUACUGCACGGACAACUGCCGGGAAGUGCGUUCGGGCCUGUUGAACAUCUCCACCUGCUGGUAUGAUGUGCCCAUUUUUGCCUCAUCGCCACAUUUCUAUAAUGCGGAUCCCUAUUAUGCUGAUGCAGUAGAUGGGAUGAAGCCGGACAAGGAUCGCCAUGAGAUUACCGUUAUACUAGAGCCCAAGACUGCAAUGCUUCUGGACAUCAAGGCGCGCCUGAUGAUCAGUCUGCUGGUGGAACCGCGUCCAGAAUCCGUGUUUCGCAAAUCACGUAGCAAUUUCUUUCCGCUCGUCUGGGCCGACUACAGAGUUCGCAUUUCACCGGAUCUUUUGUUUUAUUUAAAACUCGUACCGAUCUCUGCGCUUGUCGGAAAGGUCUGCGGCUUUGUAGCCAUAGCCUUGGGAGUUAUGAUGGUACUUUGGUAUCCGCGACAGAUGCUGUUGCAGAAACAUUUCAUGCGCAAGAUCGAUAUUACCAGCAUGGAGACCCGCAUGCAGGCAGCCACAGCGAAUACGGAACUCAAGAAUUAUGCGGUGGAGGGUUCACCACUGCUUGUGGGAUUACAAUUUGUGGCGGCAUCGGAUGACUCGCAGCGUGCCAGUUGAGAGCAUGUGUCAUAUUAAUAGAUUUAAAUGUAAUGUGAUAAGGAGUAGUUUCUAGAGUUGAAUAUGUUUGAGUCUAAGUAAUACUAAGUACAUACAGAGUAAGAGUGUUAGUGGUGUUUAAAAAGUAAGCUAAUAAAAUAUCUUAUAUUUCUCUUUUUAUGUGUGA